CUAUACACAAUUACACACACGCACAAUUCGGUCCAUAAACCCUAGAAAUAACUCGUAUUUUCCCCAAUUUCACCUUCACUUUCACAUUCGGGUGUUCGAUAACCCUAAUUCUGUGAAGAGUUUGGGGGAUUGUAUAUCUGUAUCUGUUGAUCGGAUGGGGGAUGCUAGUGUGGACGAUGAUCGGACGGUUGUGUCGUGUUUUGCUGCACCGUUGGGUAACCCGGAUCCGAAUUCGAUUCGGGUGGAGACUUGGGUGGUAGCGGAAGACGCGGUUAGAGAGGUGUUGAGUUGUAUACAUCCGACGUUGGAUUCGGACGAGAAAAGGAAAUAUGUGAUUGAAUAUGUGCAGAAGCUUAUCAGAUGCAAUCUCGGAUUUGAGAUAUUCCCGUAUGGUUCAGUGCCUCUGAAGACUUACCUCCCAGACGGAGACAUUGAUCUAACGGUCCUUAGUAUUCCUAAUCUGGAAGAGCGGUUGCCUAGUGAAGUUCUUCGUGUUCUUCUGGAAGAAGAGAAACAUGGAAAUACUGAAUACGAAUUACGAGAUACCCAAUUCAUCGAUGCUGAGGUGAAGCUCGUGAAAUGCAUUGUCCAAGAUAUCGUCAUAGAUAUAUCGUUUAAUCAGUUGGGUGGACUAAGCACAUUAUGUUUUCUUGAACAGGUUGAUCGCCUUGCUGGCAAAGAUCAUCUCUACAAGCGCAGCCUUAUUCUAAUAAAAGCAUGGUGUUACUACGAAAGCCGAAUACUCGGUGCUCAUCACGGAUUAAUAUCUACUUACGCAUUGGAAAUUCUAGUUCUUUACAUUUUCCAGAUUUUCCAUGCUUCUUUAAACGGCCCAUUAGAAGUUCUAUACAGAUUUUUGGAUUAUUAUGCCAAAUUUGACUGGGAUAACUAUUGCAUCAGUUUGGAUGGUCCGGUUUGCAAAUCUUCCUUGCCUGGUUUAGCUGCGGAAUUAUUAGACGAUCAAGGAACAAGAGAUGUUUUGCUGGAUGCUGAAUUCAGGAAGAACUGUAUGGAUAUGUUCAUAGUGCCUUGUAAGGGAGCCGAGGCAGAUCUACGGACUUUUAGCCUCAAGAAUCUCAAUAUAGUUGAUCCAUUGAAAGAAUACAACAAUCUUGGAAGAAGUGUGCACAAAGGAAAUUACUUCCGGGUAAGGAGUGCAUUUCGAUACGGGGCUAGGAGGCUUGGUAAAAUUCUGCAACCAAACAUAAAUAUUGAAGAUGAGAUCAAAGUGUUCUUUAAAAACACAUUGCAGAGGCACACACCCGCUCCCACUUUAAUAUCUGCUGCUAACGGGUUGUCCAUUUCACCCCGUAGUGAGUCCUAUUACGAGGAUGAUAUGUAUUCAAGAUUCUCAAAUGGUGAUUUGGAUACCGAGUCAAACUUAGAGGAAGAACCGGAGUUUCUUGAUGGAAUAACGGCCGUUGAGUGGUGGGUGGAAAGAGGAGAUGCGGGUUGCUUACGUGGUAACAUGGACAAUAACAACAGUUCAUCGGAUAAUUCGUGUUUUGAUGAUAACGAGAAGGAUGUAAGUGAUGAUGAUCUUGGGGAAACUGAAAUGUUGAACAUGUUUCCGGAUCUCACUGGGGACUAUGAUGGUCAUAUAAGGAAUUUGUUAUACGGUCAAGGGUGCCAUGGUUAUGCAUUGUCAACAGCUAUGGUUUGGGCUAGCCUUAGCCCUCCUACUUCACCUUACGGCGAUGAGAACCCAUGGGACCCGGCUCAUUCAUGGCCCAACUAUAGCAACACGUCUAAUGGCAAUGUCGGUAAUGAUGCGUUGCGUGGGACCGGCCCUUACAUUCCUGUUAUCAGCUGCGAUGCAUGCGAGGAUACAAGCGGGAGAGGAAGGGACCGUGUCCACCGAGCCGGAGUUGGGUCUGUUGAAACUAACCCUGCAAGCCGAAUCCCACCUGAAUUGUCUCCAAAACCAGCCGGUGCUAAUUCUAGUUUAUCCAACCAAACUCAGCAGCAAGUUGGCCAGGCUAACUCAACUGCGACUGGUUUUAUAAACCAACCGAGGAAACUAGAAUUUGGAUCUUUUCGGUCGUUGACCGAGAGCCCAUCUGAUGAGCAAAACCUGGAAGUAGAUCCAAGUGGAAGAGAACAGGAGAGUAGCAUGGAGAGUUCAUUGCACCUCAACAAUGAAGACGAAUUUCCUCCAUUAUCAGCAGCCUGAUGAAGAAAGAAGGUGUAUGUAUAUAAAAGAGAGAGAGAGCUUAGGAGGGGAAGUGCUAGCUAGUUUCACUUGGAAGUUACAUACAUACCCAACAAAUCUUUUUGGUUUGUAGAGAGAAAAAUCGUUAGUUAUAAUGGUUUCAGAACAUGGAGACAAAUGCCUCCUUUUUUUCCAACUUCUUUAAUUGUUUGUUGCUUUUCCUUUUCAAUCAUUUCAAGUUCGGGGCUAUUUAGGUAACCAGAAAAUUUAUUCUACUGCGGAUUGGAUUAGGGCCCGGUUCGAAUAUAUAAGGACUUAGUUAGAAUAUUCGAAAUCUGAAUUCGAAUUAGGUUUGAUUUGGA